GAAGUUCAAUCAGAGGAAGCUUAAUAGAGACGCAUUUAUGUCCCAGAUAAAAUUAGAUAAAAACUUUGUUCCGGAUGUCUCCUCCUAUGUUGAAAUGAUGGAGUCUAAAUCUCUGACUCUCAGAUGAUGCUGCAGCUGAAAAUCUGUUUCCUGACUGAUCCUGUAAAUUUACCCUGAUAACAGGGUGGAAGCGCAGCUCACACGGGCCCAGCACGCGCCUCUGAGCCGGGAUGGUGCGCAGUUAAACAGGCUGCUGCUGGUCGGGUUGCUCCUCCUCGACAGAUUUGUCGAGUCAAGCAUAUAAAGGGACUUCAACCGGAAACCAAACUUUUUUCUUCGAACUUUUUUCUCCGAGGCAGAAGAGGGAAAUGAUGCGACCCUUCGUGUCACAGCCUGCACAGUUCCUUGUUUUCUGCAUUUGCGUGUGAUCCUGGACAUGUGUCAGCGGCUCAUCAACAGGCAGCAAGCAACAAGUUUGUAGCGAGAAUAAAAAGCGACGUCGAGGGAUUUUGGGCUCGUCCUCAGCCACAUAACGGGUCUGGUAUCAUGGAAGAUGGUACUAAAGAAGAACCAGCCCAGCAUGAAGAACCCAAGUUCCUGAGCAAGGCUGGCUGGGUGAAGAAGGCUCACGGUCGAGUUUUGGCCAGCUACAAAGACCGCUACAUCCAUGUGGAGAAGACAGAGAUUGUGGUGUUUGAAAACGAGGGCCUGCAGACCUGCCUGGAGAGGUUCGACCUGGAAAACUAUGAUAAAUGUCAUGAAUUAAAGAGCCCCUUCAAGAAGAAGCACAGAUUGGUCCUGAUUCGAUCACCCAAGUCUGGAAAUGCGGUCCAUAAUGUGAAGCUCCAAGUUCAGACUGCAGAGGAGAAGGAAGCUUGGAUUAAAGCCCUCAGUGAUGCCAUCAGUCGUGCAAAGAACAAAGUCUUUGAUGAGGUGAAGGUGGACAAAAUCAGUCAUUUAGAACAUGUUACUCGAUCAAGGCCAAAAGGGAACCGAAACCGGAGGCCACCAACGAGGAUUCACAUGAAAGAGGUGGCUGAUGUGUCAUCUGAUGGCAUCCUGCGUUUGGAUCUUGAUCUUGAGGGUGCAGUGAUGCCUAACGGGACCCAUCACAGUAAUGUUGAUGGCACUGUGACCCCCAAAAAAGCUAAAGACCCGACCCCCCAGCCCAACUCCGACAAUGCUGCAGAGAAACCGUUGGAGCAAAGUGCUGAGCAGGGGUCUCAGUCUGAUCCACAGCUCAGUCCCCAGAAGAAGGCUAUCAAACCUCCAAUGCCGCCUACUAAAGAGGCUAAUCCCAGUUCCACAUCUGAGGAUGAACCUGCUAAAGAUGAAGAAAAAGGUCCAGAGAAAAAGGUCCCGAAGCCACCGAUGCCUCCAUCAAAAGAAGUCAAACCCUGUUCCUCACCUGCUGAAGAAGCUGCAGAGAACCAAAAACCUGAUGCUAAGAAAAAAACAUGUCCACCUCCAACCCCUCCCAACAGGCCCAGCUCAGCUGGCUCUCUCAGCAACCUUGCAGAAAUAUUACAGUCCACAUCGGGCCCCCACCCUCCUACACCUCCAUCUAAAGAGAAAAAGCCCUCUCAUCCUGCCGUGGCGUCCAAAGAACAAGUUAAAGACACAGCUGAAGAGGACGUGGAGAGGACAGUGGACAGCAGAAAAGAAUCAGAAACAGAUGAGGCAGACCAGCUGGUCUCUGAGGAAACUCUUCCCCAUGUCAGAGAUGGUGAACCCGAAAGCCCCGAAGCAGAAGGAGAAGCUUCUGUGCAAGAGUCAGUGGAGACUGUUAGCUGUGACACCAAGCCACAAACACCUACAGCGCCUCAGAGGAACCCAGGCCCAGAAAAACCUGCUGAGCCUGAUGUGCAGCACAAAGAAAGCCUUUCAGACUCUGCUGACGAUAACGCUUCAUCCAGCUCUCCUCAGACACUGGAGCUCCCCCCCCACAGCGAAGUCCCCUCAGUAGUGGUCUCUGUUGAAGACCCACUCCCUGACAGCUUCAGCCUGAGUCCACUGCACUGUCAUUUGUCUGGGGACAAGAGAAAGAAGGCGGAGGAGAAAUCUGUGGACAGUGGCCAGCACUCGGAUGAUGAAAGUGAAGGCUCUGGGAGUGAAGACACGCUGGCAGCUUCAACAGCUGCACUCAGGGGAAGCCACCCUGGUCUGGACGUGUUGGACACUUUGGAGGACGACAUUCAGCUCACUGUUCAAUUAGGUCCACCAGCCAAACCUCAGAUGAGGCCAAAUGUCAUUUCCUGUCGGCUCGCAGCCCCCUACCACAAACCUCCCAAACCGUCGGUCAAACCCAGGUCGGCCUCCAUCGGAGAUCUGCUGUCCGAGUCCUCAAGCUGUACUCAAACGAUACAGCCCAGCAGAGGUGGGGAUGAAGGCUCAGCACCUACUCAUGACGAUGUCAUCAAACUCGAGACUGAGGUGGCUCUGGAGAUGAAAACGACAAGCAAGCUCCUGAGCCAGGCUCAUGGGGAAGACUACACGGAGGUUCUACCAGAAGAUCUGCUGGCUAAAGCCAUGGAGAAGCUGAGGAAGGCCGACCACGUCCUCAGGGAGGUCAAGAAGAUCAAAUUUGCAAAGAAUGCAAGAAACAGGAUGAGCUGGUGAAUAGUGGAAGGACUUUGACCUGACUGAUCCUUAAACCCUUCAUCUGUCUGAAGGCCUUGGAUUUCACGUAUGUCUUUAUUCGGCUGAAGGGAAUCUGACAUCAUACACAGCUUACAUUACAAAAAUAACCUGUUGGUACUCUUCCUUGCGUUAAGAAGCCAGUACACAAUGACCAUUGUUCCAUUGGCAAAAAUGUUUGACCAGCAUUUUUAGUCAAAUCAUGGAGCUGAUCUUUACGGAGCCCCUCGCGCAUCACAUGACCCCGACGCGCCGAAGAGAUGCGUUGACACAGUUUACCUACAGAUUAGUAAUCCAUGACCACGAUCAGAAACUGUUUCUGUUUAUCAUAAAACAAUGAUGAUGACGGUGAUGAUGAUGGUAGUGUCAUUCAGAACUGGAAAGCCAGUAUAGCAACAUGAGCUGGGGGUUCAGGGCAGAAGAGAUGAAGGUUUCAUCGGCACAUUUUCAUCAUAUUAAACUAUGUGCAAUUAUUUUUAGUUACUCUGCAAAGCAGUGCUUCAUGUUUUUUAUAUGAAAAAAGAAAAUACCUUACUGAAAGGGAAAUGGAUAAACAAUAAUAAAUAAUAAUUGAAAAAAUACUAUAGUACUAAAUAGUACUAAAAGGCUUCAUGUUAAAUUAAACACAAUUUUUAAUGAUUAAUUUUUCUUACUUCUGAGGCUUUUUUAUUUUGUUGGCAUUUAAUAUAACUGAAUUAACCGUCUGUAUAUGCUUUAUAAUUUAGCUGCAGCGAGUGUGCUGCUGAUCACUGAUGAAGAAAGAUACACCAGCUUAGCUCAGGAGUAAUUCGAAAUAGUCGUCACAUUAUUCGUACAAUGAAAACAAAUCAGAGAUUAUUUAUGUUUCAGUUUUUUCACAGAUUUAACAGAACAUAUAUUUUAAUACUGAUUUUACAGAACGGGAUGCUUUUAGGAGCUCUCGCUUAACCUUAUACACCACGUUUUAUUCCUGGGGUUUCUUAUGUAAAUAGAUAGUUACAUUCCCAACAGUCUACAUCAUAAACUUAUUAAUGUCAAAAUCAACUUUUUUUAUCCGGUGCUUUGCUAAAAGAUGACCCUCGUGCCAAUUAAAGUAUGUAAGAAUAUCUCAUGACAAUAGAUACUUUUUGAACUCUGAAAUGUUUAAACAGUUGAAAGGAAAGUGUUUUUGUCUGUUUUUAAUCUAACUGAACACAAAUCUCUGUAUUAUUCUGUCAUCAGUUUCAGUUAAAAUAAACUUGGAGAUUCUUU